AAAAAAAAAAAAAAAUAGUAAAAAAAAAUAAAAAAGAAUUAUAAGUUAAAAAAAGUCUAUCUCCAUUAUAAAACAAGAUUAAAACAAGUACUGAAACCCGUCAGUGAGCUGUUGAAUAUAUUUUAGAAAUGGUCGGUUUUCCUAAUUUGGAUAAUGCAAAAUUAAAACUUUUUUUAAAAAAACUAAAAUGCGAAGAUGGUUUGCAUUAUUUUUAUACCUUGGCCGACCGGGACGACGUCCAUUGUGUGGAACUCGAGCAGGCAUGUGACCUCCUCCGACUUGUACUAUGUCUUUAGUAAUGAUUUCACUAUUAUGUAUCGAAGCUAUGGGUUUAAACUGGUUAUUCUGAUUAUUGCUAUUCACUUUUUGUUGACUAGUAGUAGCUUGACUAGUUGACGCAGCAGCGUCUUCACUGCGGAUGUACAUAAAGUGAUUACAUCAUCACAAAAAAAAUUUUUUAAUUUUAAUUUUUAUUUGGCUAAACUUUUUAUCUAAUUUUGGUGCGACAGAAGGAAGAGUAAUCAUUAUAAUUAUUAACUCACGCUUCGGCAUCCUGUUCGGUAUAUCCUGCAAAAUAUCUUUUCGAAUUAUGACUAACAUGAUACAUGCGUGUCGUUGGAUCAUAAUAUGGUCCACGUUGUUUUCUUGCCCAUAUUAAUAAACUGUUCC